AUGGCACAGGGGCAACUUGUUGUGUAUUUUUACGAGCACGUGGAUGUUCUGGGAGACACUUUGCACUCAGGAGUUGCAGCCAAAACGCCUGCAGAGUCUUUUCGGUCUUUGGGCUUCAGUUUUUUGGGGGAUGCAGGGCCAACGUUCAUCGUCGUCGUGGUUCGAGCUUUCGUGUUCCAUCAGGUCUCGCAGGGCCACUCUGCAAAGCAGAAAAACAGACAAGAGGCCCAACAGCCCAAGCGAGGUGCCACCAAUCGACCCAGGGGAGCCGAUGCCUCAGUUCUCGGAGGUGCUUCUGAGACAAAUAGCUUGAUGGGACGUCGUUCGAGGCCCAAAGGGUCACCCGAGUUUUCGGAAGCUUCGCAGUCCUCGCAUCUCCCCCUGACGAUUGGCCCAAAGCUCCUCAAGAGCGCGAUGUGCCUCGUGCGCCUCCACUCCUACGCCGUCCUACGCCGUCGUGCCACGGAGCUAGGCAAAGAACCUCCGAGAAAGCUUGAUGCCUUGUCCAAGGACUUCAUUGUUGCGUUACGCAAGCUGGGACAGAUGCCCACUGGGCUCAGCGUUAAUGCCCAAGAGGAGACCUGGAGCUGGGGGCUGCUCCACUUCUCUGCCCACAAGGGCGAGGUCGGGCUGAUGGAGUGGCUGCUGAAGCAAAAAGCCAGGCCUGAUGUGGCGGACGAGGAGGGCAACACUCCCCUGGUGCUUUGUGCCAAGUCCAACCAUGUGCAGGCCAUGGAGAUGCUGAUGGCCCGUGGCGCCAGCAUCUUGCAGAGGACGAAGGAGCAGGGUUUCACACCCUUGCUUUGGGCCGCCGUGGGCGGGCACAAGGAGGUUACCAAGAGCUUGCUCCAGGCCGAUGCAGAUGUAGAAGAGCAAGACUACGAUGAACGAACGCCUUUGAUCUGGGCCUCCCGCCUGGGCCACAUGGCGGUUGUCAAGAUCCUCCUCAAGGAGUGCCCCGAUCUCACCUGGCGCGACAAAGAAGGGCUCACCGCGCUCGACCACUGCCGGGAGCACCUCGAACUUCGUGCAGCAGUGGUGCUGGCUCAAGAGCAGUACGCCCGGCUCAUGGACGGUGCCCAGCGCAACGACUUGCAGGCGGUGGAGCACCUCCUUGAGCAUGGAGCCGUGCCCCGCUACCGGGAUGCCAGCGGCUGGACACCGCUUCAUUGGGCUGUUCUCCACGACGCCAGCGAAAUGUCCAAACUCCUCGUGCGUUACGGUGCCUCUCCCGAGCUGCUAGGUGAAGAAUCCGAGCUGUGUUCACAGCUUGCAAAGCGGGGGCGGCGUGUGGGCACGAGGUUGGCGAAGGUCCUCGGCGCAAACACGCAGCUGCUCACGGCGGCCGAGGUGUCACAGACGUCACGACUGUUCCGUUUUUGA